UAUUGAACUGGUACGGCGAAGGGUGACAAGGUUCUCGACUGAGAGUUGCAGUGAGCGAGUUUGAACAUGGAACCGGAGAAGGAAGACAAACUAGGCGCUGAGUCUCCGACCGACUCACAGCAGACAGUUUCCGAUGAUGAUGAAAUAGACUACUCUAUUAAGCCAGAGUUUUAUGAUUCGGAUCUUGAUGAAAAAGAUGAGUUGUGGGUUAAUAAGAAAAGGAAAGGCCGUACUUCUGAUGCUAUCCUUAGUUGUCCAGCAUGCUUCACUACCCUCUGCUUAGAAUGUCAAAGGCAUGAGAAGUAUGUCACCCAGUACAGGGCCAUCUUUGUUGUCAACUGCAAGAUCAAGAAGGAUCAAAUACUGCAGCAGUCGAAUCGAAGACAAAGGAAGGGUAACCACCAAAAAGAUUCUGGCAAGAGUGAAGUUGGUCAAGCGGGUGCAGGUGGAGAAACGGUCAAAUCAGUAUGUUGCUUGACGUGUUCAACAGAGGUUGGCGUCAUCGAUGGAGAUGAGGUUUACCACUUCUUCAAUGUUAUUCCUAGUGAGACUUGAUAUGUUUAGUUUCAUGUUCAUAAUCAAUAUUUGCUUAUUCUCAAGGUGCAUGCAAUGCAAACAAACGUUCCCUUGUCAGAUAUUUAUGUGAAUCCCAGCUGAGCAGGUUGCAAUGGUUUCA